GCGGCCACGAAACGUAACACACGAGCACGCGAGGCGCCUUUCCUUCGCUUCGCCUCCCUUCCCGGUUCCCCCCUCGCCACCCAGAUCCCGAUCGAUCUCGCAGCGAUCUAUGGCGUCCUCCUCGUCGCCGCCGCCGUUCACCGCGCAAAACCCUACCGCGCAGGGCCCAGGACCGGGGCCCGCGGGCGCCCUCCCCGCGGCGCUCUCCAACCUUCAGAUCUCCCGCGGCGCGGCCCCGCCUCCCGGCGCGCCGCGUGGGCUCACGCCGCAGACCGCCCCGCCCGCCUUCGCCGCCCGCCCGGCCCCACCGGCAGCCGCUCGCCCCACCUUCCCCGGCAGCCCGCCCGCGCCGCCGUUCGUGCGGGCGCCGACGACGGCGUCCGCCGGGCCGCCCUUCGGCGGUUCGCGUCCCGCUGCGGGGUCGCAGCAGCCGGCGCCUCCGUUUGGUGGGCCCCCGGGGGCGGUGUCCCAGCCGGCACCUCCGUUCGGCGGCCCCCGCGGGACGGUGUCCCAGCCGCCUCCGCCGUUCGGAGGCCCUCCUGCUGCGGCGUCACAGGCGCCGCCGCCGUUCGGAGGCCCUGCUGCUGCGGCGUCGCAGGUGCCUCCGCCGUUCGGCGGUCCCUCGGCUGCAGCAUCCCAGGCGCCGCCGUUCGGUGGCCCCCCUGGGUCAGUGUCACAGCCUCCGCCCUUUGGCGGGCCUCCUGCCGUAGGGUCUCAGCCGGCGCCACCGCUGUUUGGUGGGCCGCGGCCAGCGUUCCCCGGACAACCUGCAGCAAUGGCGGCAUCCUCAUCGCAGCCAAUGCCACCGAGUUUUGGGGCUCCACAGCAGUCUGCACCACCGUUCGGUGGGCCACCUCAGUUUGGUGCUCCCCGGCCUGGUGGGCAGCUGCCCUUUGCGGCACAAUCAGCGCCUGUUUCACAGCAGCCACCAUUCAUGGCACCUCCCUGGGCUAAUGUGCCGGCGUUUGGGCCUCCAUCGUGGCAAUCUCAGGGAGCUGGGUCUGGUGCUAUGCAACCACCUAUGAGAAUGCCAGGCAUCCCUGGUAGCAUGCUGCCAAACACACUAGGACAAGGGGUACCACCCCCUGGCACCCCGACAAUACCAUAUUCUCCUCAUGCUGGAACCCAGGUCUCAACCCCAUCCAAAAUCGAUCCUAAUCAAAUUCCCCGGCCAAUGUCUGAAGCAUCAGUCAUCAUUUAUGAGACCCGUCAAGGUGGCCAAGCAACAGUUCCCCCGGCUGCAUCUAGCGAAUUUAUUGUGAAGGACACUGGGAACUGUAGCCCUCGUUUAAUGCGAUGCACUGUUAAUCAGAUACCUUGUACAGGUGAUCUCUUGACAAUGUCAGGCAUGCCUUUAGCUGUGAUGGUUCAACCUUUCUCUCUUCCUCACCCAUCUGAGGAACCUAUUCAGCUUGUGGACUUUGGAGAGAUUGGACCCAUUCGGUGUUCUCGUUGCAAAGCAUACAUAAAUCCCUUCAUGAGAUUUGUUGAUCAAGGGCGGCAUUUCAUCUGUAAUUUAUGCGGAUUCAGCAAUGAUACUCCUAGGGAGUACAUGUGCAACUUAGGGCCUGAUGGUAGGCGACGUGAUGCUGAUGACAGGCCUGAGUUAUGUAGAGGAACAGUUGAAUUUGUUGCUACAAAGGAGUUUCUGGUUCGUGAUCCAAUGCCUGCUGUAUAUUUCUUCCUUAUUGAUGUCUCCAUGAAUGCUAUACAAACUGGUGCAACUGCUGCAGCUUGCAGUGCUAUUUCCCAGGCUAUUUCAGAUCUGCCGGAAGGUCCUCGGACAAUGGUUGGAAUUGCCACAUUUGAUUCUGCUAUUCACUUCUACAGCCUUAAACGUGCUCAGCAGCAGCCAUUGAUGCUUAUUGUUCCUGAUGUUCAAGACGUAUAUACACCUCUUCAAACGGAUCUUAUCCUCCCAGUUUCUGAGUGCCGGGAGAAUCUGGAGCAAUUGCUGGAAAGCAUCCCGAACAUGUUUGAGAAUAAUAAGGUUGCUGAUUCUGCUUUUGGCGCAGCUAUGAAGGCUGGCUUCCUGGCAAUGAAAUCUACUGGCGGAAAACUUCUUGUUUUCCAAUCAGUGCUGCCAUCACUUGGGGUUGGUUCUUUAUCUGCUAGGGAAGCUGAAGGUAGAGCAAAUAUUACAACUGGUGAUAAGGAAGCCCAUAAACUUCUGCAACCUGUUGACAGUACUCUCAAGACAAUGGCACUAGAAUUUGCUGAAUAUCAGGUCUGUGUGGAUGUAUUCUUGACCACCCAAUCCUAUGUUGAUAUUGCUUCGAUAUCUGUUGUGCCCCAUACUACAGGUGGCCGGGUCUACUACUAUUAUCCGUUUUCGGCUCUUUCAGAUCCAGCCAAGCUCUUCAAUGAUCUCAGAUGGAAUAUCAGUAGACCUCAGGGUUUUGAGGCUGUUAUGCGUGUCAGGUGCAGUCAGGGCCUUCAAGUUCAGGACUAUUUUGGCAAUUUCUGCAAACGUGUUCCUACUGACAUUGAUCUUCCAGCGAUUGAUUCUGAUAAAACUGUAAUGGUCACGUUUAAGCAUGAUGACAAGUUACAAGAAAAUUUGGAAUGUGGCUUCCAGUGUGCGCUUCUCUACACCACUGUAUAUGGGCAAAGAAGGAUCCGAGUUAUAAACCUCUCACUUUCAUGCACAAGUAUGCUUAGCAACCUUUUUCGAUAUGCUGAUCUGGAGACACAAUUUGCAUGCUUCCUGAAACAAGCUUCUAAUGGCAUCCCGACAUCUCCACUACCCCGUAUACGGGAGGAAGCAACAAAUACAUGUAUAAAUAUUCUGCAAUCCUACCGGAAGCAUUGUGCGUCUGUAAGCUCAUCUGGACAGUUGAUUCUCCCAGAGGCUCUAAAACUGCUGCCCUUAUAUACUUUAGCAUUGGUCAAAAGUAUAGGGUUGAGAAACGAUGGGCGAUUGGAUGAUCGUUCCUAUUGGAUGUCUCUUGUCUCCUCAAUUUCUGUAGUACUAGCAGUUCCGUUGGUGUUUCCUAGAUUGAUUCCUAUCCAUGAUCUUACAUCAAGGGCUGAUGAUGAUUCCCUUAUACCCAGUCCCCUGAUGCUCAAUAGUGAAAAUGUACUAGAGGAUGGGGUCUACUUGUUGGAAAAUGGAGAGGAUGGUCUAAUUUAUGUAGGAAAUAUGGUAAAUCCGGUCACCCUGGAACAAAUAUUCGGUGUCUCUUCUUUGGCUGCAUUACCAAUCCAGUUGGUAUUGGAGCAAUUUGACAACGAACUCUCGAGGAAGGUUAAUGAAGUUGUAAAUGAAAUAAGACGCCAGAGAUGCUCUUACUUGAGAUUAAGACUUUGCAGAAGGGGCGAACCAUCUGGCGAUUUCUUCCGCUCAUUUUUGAUAGAGGACAAGGCGCCUGCCGGCUUUUCCUACGUUGAGUUCCUCGUGCACGUGCACAGGCAAAUCCAAAGCAAGAUGACGUGAUGUGCCGGAUCCUAGUUGUACUAUUUUGGUUAGUAGGCGGCUUGUAGCCUGUAGGUACCAAAAAAGAGUUUGAUUUCCGCAUAAGGAUACAACAAAGAAGCGGACCAUGGUGACUCCAGACUACUGGGUGAGGCAUCAAGUUUGCCCGGAGGAUAGAAUGGCAGGAAUUGGGGCCUGCAAUGUUUACAGCACUGUUUUUUGGAGUGGGUAGUAUAUGUUGUAUACAGAAAUGAGGUGUGAAGGAGUGUUAAGGGAUCUAUUUUUUCGUGUUUUCUUUAGCAUUGUGUAUUCCUUAUUUAUCUCUUGUGCAAAGGGGAUGUGUUGUGUUUGAAGGAAAUAUUAUAGAGGUUUAGCUAUAAACUGUCCUAGCUAAUAGUACGAAUCAAAUAUAUAAUUUCGUAGUUUCUAUUUGAACGGUC